AUGACCCAUGGAGUCCAUUUGACAGGUCUUCAAGAGCCUGAAGAGGAGGAAGGUUUCAGGCCCUCCAGCAAAGCCAGUCCGACUCUCGAGCCCUACCUGAAGCAUCCUUUACAGAACAGGUGGACUCUCUGGUUCUUCAAAAAUGAUAAAAGCAAAGCCUGGCAGGCCAACCUCCGCCUGGUCACAAAGUUCGACACCGUAGAAGAUUUUUGGGCAUUAUACAAUCAUAUUCAGCUUUCCAGCAAGCUGAUGCCAGGCUGUGAUUACUCGCUCUUUAAGGAUGGUAUUGAGCCCAUGUGGGAAGACAAACAAAACAAAUGUGGUGGAAGAUGGUUAAUCACACUCUCCAAGCAACAGAGAUUGGUUGAACUUGAUCAAUUCUGGUUGGAAACGUUGCUAUGUCUUAUUGGGGAAGCUUUUGAUCAUUAUAGUGACGAUGUAUGUGGUGCAGUAACCAAUAUUCGACCCAAAGGAGAUAAAAUAGCCCUUUGGACAAGAGACACUGAAAACCGAGAUGCAGUUUUACAUAUAGGGAAGAUUUACAAGGAAAAGUUAGGUCUUCCAGUGAAGGUUGUGAUUGGCUAUCAAGCCCACGCAGACACGGCUACAAAGAGUGGAUUGGGGAUUCAAAAUAAGUUUGUUGUUUGAGAGGAUAUUGUAUAGUCACUUCCAGAGCGGGGGGACCAGAAUUCAUCGUAUUCUACAAACUGAAUUUGCACAGCAGCUAAGAUGUUCACUAUUUUGUUGAUUGAACUGUGACUUUGCAUUUUUUGUUAACAUUUUCAAUUGACAUUGUGAAAAGAUAACAUUUACUGUACAAGUAUGUUGCAAGACUGCAUG